AUGUCUGGCAAUCGCGGAGGCCGAAACCUCCCCAUCCAUGGUGGCCGUUCCGAUGGAGGCGGCAACCGAGGCCGCGGUGGUGAUCGCGGUGGUGAUCGCGGCGGAGACCGAGGCGGCCGUGGACAAGGUGGUUCUCGAGGCCCUUCAUCUGGUGGUGGCUUCAACCAAGGCGGUGGUGGACGUGGUCCCAGUGUCCCAAAAGAGCCGGACGUUGACCCGAUCAUCCUUUACAAGUAUGAACCGAAGGUCAACAGGGAAAUCACCAAGUUCGAAGACAAAUGUAUUGCCCAGAACAGAGGUCAGCGGGCCAAGACGGGACAACUCGCUCUUCGCCCUGAGUAUGGCAGCAACGGAACAGAAAUCAUCGUGCGCGCCAACUUCUUUGAGGCCAUGUUCAAAUCACCGAAGUGGAUGUCCCACAGAGUGAAGAUUAUUCCAGAACCGCAGAAUGUUCGUCUCCGUCGGGAAGUUUUCAUAGAACUCAUGGGUAAGCGGGAGGUCAGAGAGGCUCACGCCGCCACUGAUGGCGCCCAGGAAAUCGUUGCCAUGAAAGACUUAACAGUUCACAGUCCAAUGACAGUUACCGUCGACGCAAACUUGAGAGGUGCAAAAGACUUCGACGUCGUGCUGAGCCGAGGCGAACUGGGUGAACCCUCGCAACUGUUGACGAGCCUUGACAGUACCUCCCUUCGAGAGCAAACCCCAGCAGAGCUGAGCACCAUUCGACUUAUGAACAUUCUCAUGAGUGCUCAUCCGUUCAGAGACGCAGGCGUUGCGACCAUCAAGAGCGCCAAUGGCACCAAGGUUUUCUGGACCGACACCAGAAAGCAAGCGUGCUAUCUCGGGGGCGGCAUCGAGUGUAUUCGUGGCUUCAACUCCAGCGUGAGAGUAUGCGACAAUCGCAUCCUGGUUAACUUGGGCAUCAAUCACAGCUCGUUCUUCCUGCAAGGUCCCUUGCAAAUUAUUUUCCUCAAGUUCAGGGAGGUUCAUAGAGAUGAUAUCGUCCUGCUGAAUCGAUACAUCAAUCGGCUUCGCGUUAACGUAACUCAUCUUUGCAAGCGUAUGGAAAACGGGGUAGAGGUUUAUCGGCAGAGGAGCAUUUGGGGCCUUGCCUAUCCUAACCGUGACGGAUAUGACCCGAAGACCAAGUUCAAGCAGGCCACCGACCCAAAUCCCCCCGUAGUACCACGUCUGGGAGCCAGCGCGGACGAAGUCAAAUUCUUCAAGUACAACCAGGAUAGCGAAGGGAAAAGGCUUCAAACUGGAAAGUACAUCAGCGUCACCGACUACUUCAAAGCGGAAUACAAAAUGGACCUUAAGUAUCAUGACUGGCCUGUGGUGAAUAUUGGCAGUUUUGUGCGACCGAUCUACCUUCCUUUGGAUGUCUGCAUUGUUCCACAUGGACAGCGCUUCAUGGGUGAGUUGGCGUUAAUCCAACGCCAGAAUAUCAUUGCGUUCAGCUGCCGCAAGCCGCCCGCGAACUACCAGUCCAUCACGCAGGACGGUCUGAAGAUCAUGGGAAUGAAUAAUCAAACAGACGAACUUGGAAUGCGAUUCUUAAAGGAAAUGAUCGCUGUGCCUGGACGCCUUCUCUCGGCUCCCACUCUGAAAUAUGGAAAAGGGAGGACGCUGGUUCCCAAGUUCGGCUCUUGGAACCUCAAGGGCCAGCAAUUCUACACGCCUGUCACCAUCAAUCGUUGGGCCGCUUACGUUUUUCACAAACACAAUCAGAAGCCACGAGAUGGGGAACACGUCCGCGCGUUUGAGGCUCUCGCCAAACAAGGAAGGGAACAGGGCAUGAGGUGGCCUUCUUUGUCGCGUGAACCCGAGUUGGUCGAGGUUGAGGACAGACCCAAGGAUUGGAUUGAACAAAUCAAUGGCAUAUUCAAGACUCUCCAGAGGGCACAGGUCGACAUUGUGGUUAUCUCGCUUCCUCCCGGCGUGGAUCGCAUCUUCGACCACAUCAAAUACAUCAGUGAGACCAAGGCCGGCGUCUUGACUCACUGCUGUCUCGCCAGCAAGUUUUUCAAAGCCGACCAGCAGUACAUGGCAAACAACACCAUGAAGGUCAACUUGAAGCUUGGUGGUGUCAACCAGACGCUCAGCGCCGCUCCUCGCCUGAUUAUGUCAAGAAAUACCAUGGUCGUUGGUCUCGAUGUGACUCACCCAUCUCCUACUGACCCGGACAAUUUCCCCAGUAUGGCAACAAUUGUGGCUAGUACAGAUUCACCAAUGGGACAAUGGCCGGGCGAGGUCAGGGUGCAGGAGCGCCGCAAGGAGGAAGUUGAGCAUCUAAAGAGCAUGAUGCUGGGCCGCCUGCACAGAUGGAAGAACGAGAACAAAGUAUUCCCUGCAAAUAUUCUGAUCUAUCGCGAUGGUGUCAGCGAAGUUCAGUUCAAAAUGGUCUUGGACAAAGAACUCAAGCUCGUCAAAGAUGCAGUCCAGGCCGUAUACCCUGAUAAACAGCCGAAUGUCACCAUCGUCGUGGCUGGCAAACGACACAACGUGCGCUUCUACCAAACCAAGCCCGGGGAUGCAGACAGAACCGAUGGCCCAAAGAAUGGCUUGGUCGUCGACCGGGGCGUCACUCGCUCUAUCUAUUGGGACUUCUACUUGCAGGCACAAACACCACUCCAGGGUUCAGCCCGUCCAGCGCAUUACAUCGUCAUCUGGGACGAGAUCUUUAGCGCCUCGAAUGCUGACCCCAAGCCGGCUGACUCCCUCCAGGAACUGACCCAUAGUAUCUGCUACAUGAUGGGUCGUUGCACACGCUCAAUCAGUUAUGCCACCCCUGCCUUCCUCGCAGACAAGUUCUGUGACCGGGCCCGGAGAUACAUGCGAGCAUACUUCUACAGAUGCCAGGAAACCAGAGAGCCACUCGAGUUGAAUAGGCCCGACCACAUAGUCAAGUUGCUUGGUAGUGCACAGGAGAAAAUGGCCUACAUCUGA